GUGCAAUGAGCCAAUCAUAACGUCACCUGUCUGCAGUCUACACAGUGACCAGCGCACGUAAAUAAAGUCACGGACUGCCCAAACAGCGACCAUUUCAACUCUACCGACUUCCUCUAGGAAUGUGAGCAAAAUAUUAAACAGCAGUGCUAUUCGUCAUUGUGCGUUUUAAAGCAAUCUGACUAAUACAUUGAUUUGUUUGAUCGAUUUUAAGCGUCGGAAGGAACCUGUCGCCUCCCUGUAGCUUCGCUAUAAAGCCUCGAGCGCGAGUCAGUGCUGUCAGAGAAGAAGUGUGUUAUAUGCGCAGGAAAGCGUUCACACACCGCUGACAGAACACCGUACUACAUACUCAACCUUUAGCUUGCGAUUUAUACUUUAAAGAGCUUUGGGAAGAGAAAAGGAAAGUUACUGGGCGCAACAUGAAAUUUCUUUUACCGUCUGUAGUGAUUUUUCUCGUUUUGUGCCAAGUUUUUGGAGAAGAAUUAGGUCCAAAAGAAGACCUUGAUUACUGGACAGGCAGCAAUCAGGUUCAGGAUGAGUGGCUUCAGGCGGAUCCCUUCAGAGAGAUAAUAAGACGUAUGACGAGGAAACCCCGACCUCAUCAGUUCAUCGGUCUGAUGGGGAAACGGUCCCCUGCAAAUACACAGAUUACACGAAAAAGGCAUAAAAUCAAUUCUUUUGUGGGGCUGAUGGGUAAAAGAAGCCAAGAGGAGCCAGAAUCGUAUGAAUGGGGAACAGUACAGAUCUACAACAAAAGGCGUUAACAGAUAAAACAAAUCAUCGUCACAUCCGCUUCCUAAAGGAUCAUUUCAUUCUGUGAUAUUAAUUUUGAUAUUUUUAUUCUGGUUGGGAAUAAAAAUUUCACAUUGUGUUAAUAUGGCCGACUCGCACCUGUGGCAGUUCAUUUAUGUCAUUUAAAAAGGAUCAGACGUUUCAAUACGGUCCAGAUGUGAUCAAACCUGUUUCUGUCACAACAUCUCCCCCGGUGUUGUGGAGCACUGAAGCAAAGAGGUGUCCCUUCUAAGGUACUCAGAGAUUUGUGCCGACAGUGUCAAUACAUAGUGCCUCAUAGUGUUUUCACCACGACUGAUGAUGUUGUAUAAUAGCGCCAGGCUGGGCGUGAUGUCAUGUCCUGUCACUGCUACGAGCAAAGGUUUUGCUACCUUGAUAUCUCUGUGUGAUUGUAGCUUGAUAUUAAAAAUAUUUUCUUUACUGGU